GCCCCCAGGCGCAGACGCAGGCCGGGCGGCUUCUCCCGGUGAGAGGUCGCGGCGACCCCGCAGAGCUCCCCUCCCGCAGGCCACGCCCACUCCGGGCGCCCCGGGCUCCCCGGCCCUCCUCCGGCCCUGGCACCCUGACCCUCGCCUCCCUCACCCAGGGGCGAAGCUGCCGCAAGAGGGAAGAACGGGAGCUGGACCGCCUUUUGGAGCUUGUUUUUUGCAUCAAGAGUGAAAUGACCCACGAAGUCUCACUAAGCUUAGAUUCACAUAGUCAUUCUGUUUAACCCAUGAGGAAGCACGUCUGGACUUGAUCUCUCGCCGGCACCUCUUGACAGCCUUCACUGUAGAUAAAACCUCAAUUCUCUUACCAAAAAGAUGGAAGGCCAGAGUAGGGACACAGGACAGGAAGGGACCGUGGCGUGUGCUUCUGUGUAAGUGCGGUGCCUGUGGCUCAGAGCGGUUCCCUCCUCGGUCUCCACAGCCGGCGCUUCCCCUGCAGCUGAGCACACCGAAGCCUAGGAAGCAUGAGUGACCUGCCCGGCACCCCCAGCUUACCCGGCAUCGGCCUCUGACCCGGCCCUCUGGACUCUAGCCCGGUACACUGUUCCUCGGCGGCCGUGUGUGCCAGCAGGGUAGCAUCCUACCAACAUCCUCUCUUUCCUCGCAAGAUGUGAAACAGGCAGAAAAAUAAAGAAUCACCUCUCUGCACAUCCCUCCCUAUCUGCUAGAAUGUUUCUAAUGAACGCUCCUCCUGUGGUUGCUCUCCAGUCAAAAUGGGAGGCUUUUGGCACACCUGGGAGCUUUAGGUUUCCCGGGUGCUUCUCGGAGCCGAAAGAGGGUGUCUCGAGAGCUUCUGUGAGUGCCAAAGUGCAGAUGGUCAUCAGCACGCUCCAGAGCGACAAGGCUGCUCUGGGCAUGAGCGAUGAGCUUGCCCUACAGAGGAGCCAGAGGGCAGAGAAAGGCCGGGACACCAGGCUGGCCGCCAACCCUGCAUUUGCCGCCUGUGGUCUCGCUGCUGAUUUUGUGCCCUCCAGGGAGGAACAAGCAGCGGAUUUUGGCCCCUUGGUGCUGGAUUCAGACAGCGAUGACUCCGUGGACCGGGACAUCGAAGAAGCGAUCCAAGAGUACCUAAAGGCCAAGAGUGGGGCCACCCAGCCGCCUGGGGCCACAGACGGGGGCAGGAGGUCCAAACUCGAGGUUCGUCUGAGUAGCACCCCGACUGCCCCGUGUCCUCUGAAGCUCCCACCCAGCUCAGGAGGCGCCCCUGGCAGCCGCGUGGGAGCUGGCCAGGACCGGGGCUCCGCCUCCCCAGUUAGUGUUAGCAGUGACGACUCCUUCGAGCAGAGCAUCCAGGCAGAGAUCGAACAGUUUCUGAAUGAGAAAAGACAGCAUGAGACCCCAAGAUGUGAUGUUUCCAUGGACAUGAAACCUGACCCCAGCAAUAAUGCAGCCAGAUUGGCAUUUAGAUCCAGCAAAGAGCCGACGGCCAAGGCACAUCGGCAGGAUGUGAUGGGAACCUACAAGGACUUUGUCUUCCGGAAACCUCCUAGGCUAGCAAAGGUGAGCACACGGCCCCGAGGCCUCGGGUCCAGGGCCACCAUUGAGCCAGAGAGUGUGGAUGGCGCGAAGCCAGCUGCCACUGCCAGCCACCCUGCAGAAGCAGCCCCGAGUAAAGGUGUGGUCAGGAGGAGUGUGGGCCCCGGGCGGAGGGCAAAGCGAGCCAAGAGCACAGCCCUGGUAUGUAAGGCAUCCGGCUCCAGCAGUGACGAUGGCAUUGAGGAGGCCAUCCAGCUGUACCAGCUGGAGAAAAGGAAGGAGGCAGGCGGAGACCUGCCACAGAGGACGCCCCUCGGGGAGGGGAAGGGGCCCGAGCCUCCUGCACACAGCACAGGCCACUCCACAAAAAGUGCCUUCCCGGAAACCCACAGGAAAACACCAGGCAGGAAGAAGCCAGUGGCCCCGAAGGCUGUGGACCUCAGCCCAGGUGGCCCUGACCCUGACCACCCCUCCAAGCCACCCAAGGAUCCCAGAGCCACUGAAAACGAGCUGCUGGAACGGCCACCAUGCCGGGCAGACACAUCCGCCGAGCUGAUGUGCGCUGAAGCUAUCCUGGACAUUUCCAAGACGAUCCUGCCGGCCCCUGUGGGGGGCAGCGAGAGACCCCCACCUGCCAGCUCACUCUCCUACCCCCUGAUCGUGCCUUCCCGCUGCGACGGGGACAGCAGCUCUGUGGACAGCAGCGACAGCAUAGAGCAGGAGAUCCGGACGUUCCUGGCUCUGAAGGCUCAGUCGGGGGCUUGGCUGGCCCGGACGGAGAGCUGCCCACCAUCCACACAGAGCCCCGCACCACCACCAGGCCCCAGGGUCCCCGGCUCUAAAACGCUGGGCCUGUCACUGAGCUGCAAGAGGAAACGCAGAGGAGGCAGCCACGCUGUGCCGCCAUCCACACCUAAGAAAGCGAGAGAGGCAGUGCAAGAGGCCGCCCGGGAUGUGGACCACGGCCCAGCCAGCACACAGCCUGGCCAGGCCCCCAGGGUGGAAGGCCAGAGCAGGGGCCAGCCCAUCCCCUGCAGGCCACUUGAGCUAAGUGACCAGCAAGGUGCCCCUGAUGCCAGGGGCAGCACAUGGCCCAGCCGCGGGAAGGCAGCCCCAGCCAGGAGCACUGGUGAGCGGGGGAGCUCCGAGGACAAGAGCAGCUCGCUGGACAGCGACGAGGACCUGGACACUGCCAUCAAGGACCUGCUGCGGUCCAGGCGGAGGCUCAAGAAGAGGUGGAAGGACCCCAGGGCUGCAUGUAAGAGGAAGGUCAGGUUCAGCACCACUGAGCCCCAGUUCUUGGAUAAACUAGGCAGCUUCCGGAAGGACUGGAAGGACAGAAGCCCCCAUCUGUUGAAAAGCUGCCUCUCAAAGCCCAAAAGAGAUGGCAGGGAGAACCUGGGGAAAAAGCCUUUGAGCGUCUCCUGCAGAGACACGGAGAGAAGCAGGGUGGACGGCCCCAGGGAUGCAGCCCCGGCCCUCCAGCUCAGGAGAAAAGUCUCCGAAGGGAAUCUGUUCUGCCCGGAAGUAGAUGCUUGUGAACCUCUGGCCACCGCCCCCAGCUCCCAGCCCCCGCCGGACGACAGCAGCUCUGUGGACAGUGAUGACAGCAUCGAGCUGGAGAUCAGGAAGUUCUUGGCUGAAAAGGCCAAAGAGUCCGGAAGCGGUUCAGAAGCCCCAGGAGGGGGCCCUGCCGCCCUGGGGAUGGGGAGCGUGCCCAGGCCGGAGCUGCCCUGUCGGAAGGUGCCGCCACCUGCCCUGGCCCUUCAGCCUGGUGUGUGCACACGGAGCCAGCGGGGCAGGGGCAGCCUGCAGCCGGCCAGAGGUCUGGGGGGCACAGGGAGAGCCUUCCUUCCGGGCGGGAGGAGCGGCCCCCGAGCAGAGCAGGCCUGCCUCCCUGCAGCUGUGGCCAGGCACACCAGCGGGGCAGGGGCCCUGUCUGCCAAAGGGUCAGCUGCUGGUCGGAGACUGGUUUGCACUCACAAAGAUCAGAGCUCAAGAGGGACCGAGUGUGCCAGGCAACGUGCUCUCGGCCCCCUGCCCACUCAAAUUGAAGCGGGUGCCCAGGCAGAAAGCCCUGGUGUGGCCUUUGCUGCAACCACACAGGGCCAGGGCCCACGGACUCGGAAGCUGGGAGCAGAUGGGCCAGGGAGCCCCCAGGCCGGCCUCGCCCUCCCGUGGGCCGACUUCGCCCACCAGAGUCGGCUGCAGAGCACAUGGGCGCUGAGCCCAGAAGGCAGAGAGGCCACGUGGAGGGGGGGCCUCGGGGGCCAGAGAGACCACGGGCCAGAGGGCCAGGACCCCAAGAAAAGCCUGCCCUUCACAGGUUUUUCCUCGCUGCUGUCCACACAGCUAUUCCACUUUGGAAAGAGUGUCUCCUGGGGGGGCAGGCAGGCCAGUGUCUUCAGCCCACCCCUGAGUCUGCCCCUGCAGGGCCCGUCCUUCUCAGCCUUCAGAGAGACCCCUGCUGGCCACAGCCCCGUGUUUGGGAGCUCGCACCUGCUUACGAAGAAGGAGGGUGGACACUGGCCGGCCCGCAAGUCCCAGGUGGCAUGCGCUCUGCCCACCAGGAGGAACUCAGGCUCCGAGGAGGACGUUCUAGACUUGAGGUAUAGGCGGAGGGUUAUCAGUGGAGGCGAUGAGGCCCGGGAGGCCUUGGGCAGUGACUCCAGCGAGCUCAGUGACACCUCCAUGGAGGAGGGUGGUGGCCCGGAGACCCAGGGCAAAGCCCUCCAGCCGUAAGGACACUUGCAGGCUCCGUCUUCAUGGGAAGCAGAUAGACACACAUGUAUCCGUGUGUGUGCCAUGACGCUCGCCGUCCCAGGAGAGAAACCAGAAAUCCCUCUGUGCCGCCCUGUACAUAUUAUAUCCGCUGGGAGUGAUGGUGUUAUUUAACAGAUGUGUCCUGGAAAAUAUGAUUUUUGUAGCUUUUUUGUAAAUUAUUUAAAGUGCUGUAAAAAGUAUUUUUGGAAAAUACAGUUGUUGGAUUUCGUAGGACGUGCCUACCUGCAGCUUUGCGUGGUGUCCAUGUGAGUGUUAGACGAGUGGACACUUGACCACCGCAGCCAGGGUUAAAGUGACCCUGACUGAUAGUUUGGGCCGAUCGCUGCUGGAAAGGGCUGGUAGUAUCUGGGAAGCAGCAGUCGCCACCCACCCACCCGCCCCAAGGUUCACAAAAGCACCUGCAGAGGUCUCCUCUGGGAAGCUGCUGGACAGCACUUGCAACAUGAAGGCCCCAGCCCCACAAGGCCAAAGUGAGCCUUCUGGACACAGCACUUGUGGCCUCGAUAGGAGAACAUCUCAAAGCACAAAGGCCAGCGAGCGCACAGGCCGGCCAUCCCCAGUUGCAUGUGGAAAUACCGAGUGAGGCUCGGUGGCACGUCUGGUCCAUGUCCCGGCCCAUGGGGUUUAACGUCCAGCCCUGUGCAACCCCUGCGUGAUUCUAACAGCUUAAUAAAGCUCUUUUUCUAUUGGAGCCACUGUUCUCCAUUUUCAGUCACGGUUCCAAAAUUUAACAGACAAUGUGUAUGUAUUAAACGUCCCCGUCCUGAUCCGUGUGCAGGAAUACACGAGGUGAGAACUGCUGGACAAGUUCUGGUGCCCAGACGCCUCUAGAGCCCAGGAUGAGGCCCAGCACCCUCCAGGGACCAGGGCCUCUUCAGGGCAAGCUCACACUGCACAGCACAAGGUGGGCAGGGCACGGGGCCUCAUGUUGCAUCAUAGCCAAGCCAGGGCCUUGCAGGGUAGAGAAGAGCGUGGCUUCCAGUGCCUUCUGCCCAGAGGCUCUGUGCUUGUGGCCGCUGUGAAGACAGGAGGGGCCCUGUCCCAUGGGCUGGGCACUCAGCAGUCACAGUGUUGGCAUGCCAUUGUGUGGCAGACGUUCAUUAGUGACCCCGACUUUUACCACCCAUCUUAGCAAUUUAGCAUGAUGGGCUUGGAGCCAGGCUGACUUCCCAGCCGAGGUUAGUUGGUCUUCUAACAUACAAGUGAAUUUCCCAGGGUUUAGCAGCGAUCCACCCCUGUACCCGCAUGCCAGUGAGCACCUGUGUGCCCUCAGCCUGCCUGGCUCUCGAGGGGUGCAUUUUCCAGCUCACUUGGCUUCUAGGGAAAAUAAUUCAAUUCCUGUAAUCCAUGCUUUAAAUUUUAUUUAAUUUUUUAAGGAGUGCUUUUAACACUUGAAAAUCAAAAUCAGCCUGUUUUGUACAUAAGAAAUGGGUUUUUAAAAUGCUAAUAAAUGAAGCACUGCUCAUGAA